AUGUUCUCUUGGUAUCUUUUGCUUUUUAUCGGUUAUAUCUUGAAUUCUACUCAAGGUCUUGGCCCUCUUCAACGUCGAUUAGCAAGUAUUCGACAAACACCCUUGGAACCUAACGAUGAUCCUGGUCAACCACUCUUCCUCACACCUUACAUCGAAUCUGGCCAUAUCGAUCAAGCUAGAAAUCUUAGUCGAGUAGAUCUACAACCAGAUUAUGCCUACUCAUCUUAUUCUGGCUACCUCACAGUCAAUAAAACUCAUGAGAGCAACUUGUUCUUCUGGUUCUUUCCGGCAAAGAGUGGAAACACGAGCGCACCAUUAGUUGUUUGGCUACAGGGUGGCCCAGGUUCAUCGUCACUGUUCGGUCUAUUUGCUGAACAAGGCCCAAUUAUGGUCGAUAAACAGCAGACGCUUCAUGAAAGUAACAUUACAUGGAACUCGAAGUAUCAUCUUCUCUACAUCGAUCAACCCGUCGGAACCGGUUACAGUUUCACGAAGAGUGACGAUGGAUAUGUACGUAAUGAAGAUGAAGUUGCUCGUGAUCUUUACUCAAUGUUAACACAAUUCUUUCAAGUAUUUCCUGAAUACGUUCCAAGUCCAUUCUAUGUGACGGGUGAAUCGUACGGUGGCAAGUACGUUCCAGCGAUUGUAUAUAAAGUUCAUAUGGAAAAUCCAUCGGCGAAAGUGAAGAUCAACCUGAAAGGCAUGGCAAUCGGUGAUGGUAUGAUAGAUCCAUAUAAUGAAUGGGACUGGGGACCAGUGAUGUACCAGUUUGGAUUAAUUGAUGAACGUCAAUUAGAAUAUGUUAAUUUACAAACAGCAUUAGCACGAAAUGCUAUUCGACUAGGACAAUAUAGUUUAGCUUAUGAUAUUUUUGGCAGUUUAUUUGAUGACUUUUAUAGCAAUGCCACCGGUUUAAACGAUGUCUACAAUUAUAUAUUAACUGAUUUACCCGAUGCUUUCGGUUAUUAUGUUCCAUGGGUAACUGCAAGUGACAAUCGUCGAAAGAUUCAUGUUGGCAACUUAACUUACAAUGAUGGCGAACGAGUACGAACUGGUUUAGCCAACGACGUAAUGCAAACAAUUGUCGGCAAGGUUUCCGUGAUUGCCAAUAACUACAAGGUACUCAUCUAUAACGGAUUACUGGAUGUUAUCAUUGCAACAUCCUUAACUAUGGAUUGGUUAGAUAAACUCGAAUGGCAGUAUGCGAAUGAAUUACGGGGUGCUGAACGAAAAGUCUGGAAAGUGCAAGAUGACGAUCGCGAAGUUGCCGGUUAUAUCAAACAAGCACACUCGUUUUUUGUUGCAUGGGUACGAAAUGCUGGUCAUAUGGUUCCGGCUGAUCAACCGCGAGCAGCAUUCGAUCUCAUCGAUCGAUUUAUAUCAGCUUAA